ACUAUCUUAUAUAAUCACUUUCACGGAGCUUUCCAAGCCCACCCACGUCCCUUAUCCUCCUACAUGUUCCGCCACUGGAUAACACAUCAAGUCCAACCACGAUGGGGUCCAGCGGUAGUAUCCAAUGCCCCCAAGACCAAUACGCCGCCCGCUGUCCCGACCAAAACCGCCAAUCGGGUGACUGCUGCUUCUACCCCUGGGAGACAGCAGGGAAGACAAACCACAUGCCGAAUAUAUUUCCCUGGCCCGUGCCGCCGCGCGCAGUGCUGGCCGCACGAGGCAUGCCGGAGCCCCGGCCGGAGGCGACGCCGCGGGGAUGUACGGCGGAGGAGUGGGCUGCGUGUACGCUGUUUGUUGUUUGCAUUGCGGGUGAGUAGGAGUACAGCAGGGUGCACAAUUCGGACGCGCUAGGCAACGUCUGUUGUGAAGGUGUCCGAGUUUCUUCUUUGCACUCCUCCUGAGAUGUGUGGAAAGAGAAAUGCUGAUUCUAGACAGCGUCGGCGGUGCACUUUUUGAAGCUGUUCAGGUACAAGAGGGAGAUGCGAAGGUUUGCAAGGAUUUUGGAGAUGGAGGAUAAAGAAAUGGAGUUUGUGGUGAAGAAGUUGAUGAAGAGUAUGGUGUAGGGGCAUGGCGGGUUUGUGGUGAGAAAUGCGAAUUCAG